CUUCCCGGAGCAAGUUCACCUGCUACACACGGCGCCUCCCAGAGUGUUUGUCAACGGACCGCCCGGUACAGGUAAAACUGUGGUGCUGCUGAUGAUGGGUAUAAAAUGGCUGCGAUGUGGUCACCCCGUCUACAUUGUGAGUACUUGUGGUGAGAGUCGUGCAGCGUGCACCAUGCUGUAUCACCUGUUGCUGCAGACAGUAAACACACAACAGUCAGCAGGCGUAUCACCCGGUCAGCCUCACCUCCUGCAGUAUAAUCUUUAUGACGGUAAUCAACCGGAGAAGGCCGUCAACGACUUGUCACAGGCAGCAAGAGGAGAGUCGUUGUACGUCCUCGCUGAUGAAGUGAACUUGUCACUAUACUUCGACACUGUGUGUGACAAGCUGCUGACACAAGUUCCUCAUCUGCAUCUGUGGGCGGCAAGUUGUUACAAAUACAUCGUACCCGUCGGCUGGCAAGUGGAAUAUUUAACCAGACCCCUCCGCUCUCCUCCGGCCGUCGUCAAGGAAGUCGAGCAGAACGACUUGAUCACUGCUAAUGAUAUCCUGCCGUACAGCGAGCGAGGUGUGCCCGACCACACAGACGGCCCGCCAGUCACACGACUGUAUCACCGAGGUCAAGGUCACUCAGGUGUCAGGCCAUUUGACUGUGUGACGUGCGGUCGUGACGUGGCCAGCUUCCUACACAGUCUCCAUGUUGGUGUUACAGAGAAUUUCACGACAACAGCCACGACCGUUACCUCCACCAACAACGGCACAACAACACCGCCCUGCCUACAGUGGAGAGACGUGCUGCUGUUGUACAGGGAUAUAAAGAGUAACGACUCGGGUCUGAUGAAGGGACUUAAAGAAGCGGGUAUCCCUGUGCAGGUGAUGAAUGACGAUGACAUUGAUGACGUGGCUACGGCCCGCAGUGACGUGGUGUGGGGGACGGAUGGACUUCGUGUUUGUGGUCUGGAGAGAAAAGUCGUCGUGUGUUUGGAGGAUCAUUAUGUACCCUGGUUUAACUCUAUGUCCCGGUGUACGUCACAACUUGUGAUUGUCUACGAUGACGACGAAAAGAAGGAUACAAAGUGACGUCAUAGACUUGUUGUUUGUGACACAUUUAUGUAUAUUUAUUUAUAUGCUCACGGCUUUCACCCGUUUAAAGAAGCAGUGUGGCGAAGGAGCAACGGUAAUUACGGGCUGCAGCAGGCAAAGUGACGAGCGAUGCAUCGCCCUGACCAGCUACCAUGUGGAUGUAAAGCAGCAAGAGGAAGAGGACGAUGAAGAGGAAGAGGACACGGGCGUCGUCUAACAAAACAAUGAUGACGGGAAUAGCGAAUGGAAGCGGAUCUAGAAAAUAUAACUAACCUCCCGACGACUGGAUGUGCAGUAAUAAAGAACGGUUAUACUUUUGUAAGGAUUUAAGUAUUUAAAGUAGUCAGGACCGUGUGCUUUUGUGUUUGCGUGUCUGUAUGGAGCUAUAUUCACAUAAACAAGCAUCGGGUCCUUGAAAGAAUAGCAAAAUCGCAAAGGAAAGUAAAAAAAAUAAAUAAAUAAAAUAUUAUGAGCCUACUUUGUGAAGUAAUUGAAGAAAUCCAGCAACUAAUUCUACAUCAUGGAAAAGCAGCCAGCCCUGUAAACAGCUGACUCAUUCAGAGAAAGAGCAGCGUGCCGAGUCAAGAUCUGAACCCAGGACAACAAAAAUUGACAAAAACUGGACUAAAAAAUUAUGAGUCUACUUUUUGCAGAAAUUGGUGUUUUACACUGAGCCGGCAACUAAGGCAAAGCAGUCAGCCCUGUAACAACUGCCACGUUCAGACAAAGAUGAGCGUGUCCGAGACGAGAUCUGAACCAAGGACAACAAAUCCUCACUGUACUGGCGACAGUUCAGCCGGUUGACAGUGUGAACUUCGGUCUUCAUCAGUGAGGGACUUGAGGGUCAGUACUGGGACAGACAUGCGCACACUUCUUGUGACCUACACACUUAUUAUAGCUGAGGGUGUAGUGCAGUAACAAUGUUGGUACAUUGGGGUCAUAUUUCAGCUGGUGUAGCUGUGAGGAGCUCAUGGUGGCCUCCCUACCACGUGGCUGCGCCUGCGUGAAGAUGACGUCAUCACGGGCACGCCACAACUAACGCACAUGGUGACCUCUGCCCCCAGCCCGAUCACGUGUGGCUGCACGUGCAGGGACUUUGACUGGUGCUCCGUCUUUGUAGCAGAUGACCUGGCGGGAACGUGCGAGCUGCGGGAUCUUCCGAGAAUCUCGCUGAACCUCUCAUCAACUUUCCCGCAUUCAAGCUACUGGGAGGUGCUGGCCAUCAGUGACUGGUGCCCCGUUGACGAUGGAUUCUACUUUUCUGCCGCUGCUCGCUUCUGUUUCAUCGUCUUUGGCAACACCACAGCCACCUGGACCAACAGCAGAAAUGAAUGUCUUCACAGAGGACUGGACUUAGUAGUGCCCGAUACUACACUGAAGAUCACAAUUCUUCUCAAAAUUCUUUCGAAUAUACCAGGAAGUGUUGACAUUCAAUACUACAUCGGUGGAUCUCGACCAAUGAAAAAUUUAAACUCAGCUUGGACCGGUGAUGCUCACCUCUUCAACUGGGUCAACGGUGCACGUGUUGUCGACAGCCUUGUGGGGCCGUUCUGGGCCGCUGAUCAACCCAAUAAUGUUCUGAACACGCAAAAUUGUCUCGCGGUUGACGGCCGGAAAGAUUUUCUUCUGAAUGAUAACUUCUGCACGGAAGGACACUCUUUUGUGUGCGAAAAGUCUCACCCACUACGUUAGCCAAUCAAACGCUGUGCUUAUGACGUCAUGAGUGGUGAAUAGAACGUUUCCUUUUUUUUUCUUCACUUUUCCCCAUUUUUUAUAUUCCUUAGCUAGCAGCAAAGGUAAAAAAUUUAAAUGUUUCAUGAAAUGACAUGUAUGUUUCACACAGAGAACUAACCAACUAACAAUAAAGCAUCCACGUACUUAUAAUGCCUCAAGAACUUAUUCUAACCUCACAGUUUGUCUUGUGUUUAUCCACGCGACUAUUUAAUGUUCUUGUUGUUGUAAUCAGACAUGUGCUCUAAAAAAUAUUUUCUAAAGAGGCAUGGCGAAUAUCAGAGGCCCGAAUACCACUUCUGGUGGUCAAUAUUAACCAAGUCCCAGCAAAGACGUUUUAAACAUCCUGUCUAAGGUAACGGAUAGCAACAAGAUAACAUUUUCUAGCUCGUUUGGUUCCCGUGUGGCGGGGUGUACAUUCCACAAACAACUCAGCUGUUCAGUGACUAAUUGACUCCUUACAUGACUGGAGAAGAUACAGGGCAAUAACGGAGAGGAGAUGGGUGCAGCUCUCACAAAAUGGUUCAGAAAACGGAUUGAUUUCCACUCCCCAAACAAAAGAGUACUCUCAUGAAAAGUUCUCGUAAUUUCUCCCCACCCCCACCUUCUAGUCCUGCUUAUAUCAGAGAGAGUGUGUGUUGUUGGUGAUGAUGUGUGUAUAUCUGUGUGUAUGUUCUUUCACUGCUGUCGUUGUCACCUUAUAUAAAAAUGCUGAAUAAAUGACUA